CGUUGGCUUUCGGGAAAGAGAGGCCUAAGCUGUCGGCGCAGAGUUGAGUUUACUGGGGCGCGACGGGUUUCUUUAAAGGCCCCCAGGAGCCGGUGGGAGCUGUAGGGGUAACCAGGCAAGGCUCUAGACGCUGUGGGCGCCGCGGUACUCAGGAGUCCCCCUGCUGGAGAGCGUGCCCCCCUUCGCCCAGCUCCUGGUGCUCUCCGGCCGCCGGCCCGCUCCCGGAAACCGUGGCAGCUGGUAACAAAGAGCCCGCCAGGCCGCCGCUGCCCGGGCUGCGGGACCCAGGAGCCGGCGCAACUGCUGGGGUUGAGCGCAAGUCGGGCCAUGAGUCCAGGUUCGCGGCGGUGAGGGGCGGCGGCUGGCGGCCGAGGCGCUCGUGCGGGCCGAGAGGCGGGUGCCUCCUUCCUCGCCGCCCGCGGGAGCCGGGGUACAGGUGCCUCUCCUCUCCCACACAGGAGAGCGGCUUCACGACCUUUCUCCGGCGGCGCCUGGCCUUCAACUGCAGGAGAUCGAAGCUCAGCUCCGGCUGCCAAACCCUGGAUUUUUCUGUAGGACUCAGAGAGCACCGGGUUCUUACCCGAGGUGUCCUGAAGCUUUGUGUGAAGAAGCUGAGGAAACCCGACGGUUUUUGUUUUUAAUAAAAAGUUUUUAUAAGUGUGCAUUUUUAGAGAAUUUUGCAGAGUUUGAAGUACUCUCUACCUCUUCGCACCCUUUUUCUUGCUCCUGGAGUCUUUUCUUCUCAGCUAUAAACAUUUCUAUUAUUGGAGCAGACCAGGGAUGAACAUUUUGUAAUUGAAAGUGUAACUUAAAACCACGUCGAGACUGUAGUCAAGAUGGACAAAAAGUCCUUUGAAACGGUGUUGGAUGAAAUUAGAAAGGCUGUUCUGACAGAGUAUAAAUUAAAAGCAAUUGAAUAUGUGCAUGGAUAUUUCUCUAGUGAACAGGUGGUUGAUUUACUGAGAUACUUCUCCUGGGCUGAACCUCAGUUAAAGGCAAUGAAAGCAUUACAGCAUAAAAUGGUGGCUGUUCACCCAGCAGAAGUGGUCAAUAUACUCAAUUGUUUCACCUUCAGUAAAGACAAGCUAGUUGCUCUUGAACUGUUAGCUUCAAACAUUGUUGAUGCACAGAAUUCUCGUCCCAUCGAAGAUUUAUUCAGGAUAAAUAUGUCUGAGAAGAAACGAUGCAAGAGAGUACUGGAACAGGCUUUUAAGGGGGGCUGCAAAGCUCCUCAUGCUAUGAUAUCUUCUUGUGGGACGAUCCCAGGAAAUCCAUAUCCCAAAGGAAAACCUAGCCGCAUAAAUGGAAUUUUCCCAGGAACCCCCUUGAAAAAAGAUGGUGAAGAAUGUACUAAUGAAGGCAAAGGAAUAGCUGCACGGAUUCUUGGACCGUCCAAACCGCCUCCUUCAACGUACAAUCCACAUAAGCCUGUUCCUUAUCCAAUACCUCCAUGCCGGCCGCAUGCAACCAUUGCACCAAGUGCUUAUAACAAUGCAGGUCUCGUCCCAUUAGCCAACGUCAUAGCUCCGGGUGUACCCCCUCCACCUCCAUAUACUCCUAAUCCAGUAGGAACAGAAAAUGAAGACCUUUCCAAUCAGUCAAAACCUACACAGAAUCAAACGUUUUCUACCCCAGCAAGUCAGCUCUUCUCUCCUCAUGGUUCCAAUCCUUCAACGCCUGCUGCGACUCCCGUCCCUACCGCGUCCCCAGUGAAGGCAGUAAACCAUCCAUCAGCAUCAGUAACUGCGACCGUUUCCGGACUGAACAUGGCGAAUACCGUCCUUCCCGUGUUCCCAGGGCAGGUCUCCUCGGCCAUCCAUACGCCUCAGCCAUCAACGCCAAAUCCAACGGUUAUCAGAACCCCUUCCCUGCCUGCGGCACCUGUUACCUCUGUCCACAGUACAACAUCAGCUCCUGUCCCUUCGGUUUUUUCUGGCCUGGUGCCCCUGCCAGGUCCUUCCGCUCCUCCUGUCCCAGCCCCUCAGGCUACGUCCACACCUCGGGCCACUCCUGCUUCCAAUGAAACAUUUGCUUCGACUUCUGCCCCUUUCACUGGCCUCCCUUUUCCUGCCACCUCUACUGCUGCUUCUACCAACAAUGCCAGUUCUGCUUCACUGUCGUCAGUGUUUGCAGGUCUGCCCUUGCCCUUAACGCCGACAUCCCAAGGGGUGUCCAACCCGGCUCCCUCUGUCAUUGCCGGGGGCUCUGCUCCCAGUGUGGCCUGCCCGCUCGGUGUAAAUAAUCCCCUUCUGUCUGCUUUGAAAGGCUUUCUGACGUCGAAUGAUACCAACUUAAUCAACUCCUCCGCUCUGUCCUCUGCUGUUACAAGCGGACUGGCUUCCCUGUCUUCUCUCACUAACCAGAACUCUGAUUCACCGGCUUCAGGCUCCAAGUGCUAUGCCCCCUCCGCCGUUCCCGCCCCGCCGAGGUCCUCCACGCCCGGGCUGGCCAUGUUCCCCAACCUGCCCUCGACCGCGGCCAACUCCGCUCCCACCUCCUCGACUUUGCCCGCACCCUCUCCACUGGUGACGCCCACGUCGUGCUCGGCUUCGGCGCCGACCAGCUGUGGCUCCUCCGCUGCGCUCUUGCAGGGCCCCCACGCGAGUAACUCAGAGCUGCACGUGGCGUCUGCCCCAGCUGUCACAACACUCUCGGUCAUGAUCAAAACGGAGCCCACCAGCCCCACCCCCUCGGCCUUUAAAGGCCCCGCCCACUCUGGGAACCCCGCCCCCGGCACCCUAGGUCUGUCAGGGACGCUGGGCCGCGCCUACACGUCAGCAUCGGUGCCCAUCAGCUUGUCCACCUGCCUUAAUCCUGCGCUGUCGGGCCUCUCCGGUUUGACGACUCCCUUGAACGUGUCAAACCCCCUCUCCAUCUCCCUGCCGCCACACGCUUCCUCCGCUCCUAUCACGCCGGUGUUCACCGCGCUUCCUCCGUUUACUUCUCUGACCAAUAAUUUCCCUUUAACGGGCAACCCGCCUCUCAACCCGUCAGUGUCUCUUCCAGGCUCCUUGAUAGCCACCUCGUCUGCCGCUGUCACGUCCGCAGCCAUCCCUCCGCCGAGUUCCAGCGCGGCGGUUCUCUCAGGGCUCUCAGCCUCGGCGCCGGUCUCGGCGGCGCCUUUCCCUCUCAACCUGUCCGCCGGUGUCCCCUCCCUCUUCUCCGUCACGCAGGGACCCCUGCCGUCUUCCAACCCCUCCUACCCCGGCUUUUCUGUCUCCAACACCCCCAGCGUCGCCCCCGCCCUGCCCUCGUUCCCGGGGCUGCAGGCGCCGUCCACGGUGGCGGCCGUCACACCACUGCCGGUCGCAGCCACCACCCCGUCGCCAGCUCCCGUCCUCCCAGGAUUCGCUUCAGCUUUUAGCUCCAAUUUCAACUCUGCUCUCGUUGCACAAGCCGGCUUAUCAUCUGGCCUUCAAGCUGCAGGCAGUUCUGUGUUUCCUGGCCUUCUGUCCCUCCCAGGUAUCCCAGGGUUCUCCCAGAACCCUUCACAGUCCUCCUUGCAAGAAUUACAGCAUAAUGCCGCUGCACAGUCGGCCUUGUUACAGCAGGUGCACUCAGCUUCGGCUCUGGAAAGCUAUUCAGCUCAGCCAGAUGGGUUUCCUAGUUAUCCUUCAACACCAGGAACACCGUUUUCUUUGCAACCAGGCUUGUCCCAAAGUGGGUGGCAGUGAAUAAAUUUCAAUUUGUAUUCUCCUUUGGAGCAACAUCAGAAAUGCCUAAGGACUGCAGUGAACAAUCUGACUAAUGUCAAGUUGGCGAAAAGUCAGAGAAUGAGAAUAAGGAUAAUCCUGGGAAAUUAGGAUAAGAGUUUAAAACAUGACGAUUGCAUUUUUUUAGUGGUUUUAAGUAUGAACACUCCCCUAUGUAAAUAACUGAUAAUGAAUUGUACGGAGGAUAGUAUUAAAAAGGUGUUUGGGGACUUUUCACCUCCCACCCUAUGAAAUUUUGAGUCUGUAUGUGAUCUGUGUAGGAAGAAUACUAAAGAGGAGGUUGAACUCUCUAUAGCCGAAUACAGCCUUAAACCUGCUUGUAUAGCAUCCACUGACGGAAGUAAUAGUCGUGCCUCAGACUUCUGGGUUGCAUUUGGCCCUAGGGGCAUGACUGCCCUUGGGAUGCACGAGUGGUUCCUGUUAGCAUCUUUGGAACUCAGUAGUCCAUAUGUAUCCACAGAAGGGAACUUGAGACCCACGGUUAUUUCUAAUUUCUCACAUUUAUGCUCAUACAUAUACUGCUGAAUUUAACUUAAUAUAUUUCAGGUAAGUGAAAAUGGUGCUUAAUAUAUAGUCUUUAGAAUGACUUUCAGGUGUUUUCGACUAAAAAUAUGCCCAGAACUACUUUCUUACAGAAAUGCAAGUAAGGCUUGUGAUAAUUUGCCUUCAAAAUUCCUUUCUUAAUCUCAGCAGUAUCCAAAUGAGUGAGGAACACUUGACUGACCCUUGGGCCACCUCUAUUACUCAUUGUACUCUGGAAGCUCUUGGUGAAUGUUUACAAUCAUGGGAUGUAGUAUUUCUAUUUGUACUUAAAGUCCAACGCUUCUCUGAAAGAAUGACGUGACAACAAAUAGAGAAGACUCACUCCGUUAGUAACCAUGCAGUGUGUACUCUAAGGAUCUGUGGUAAUAUAUAACAUGAUUGAAUGUCAUUAAUUAAGUCUAAGAACUGCCACAUUUGGGGGAACGGGGAGUAGGGAGAAUGACUUUCAAUCCUGUGAUUAAAAGUGUAAACUAUAGAAUCUACUGUAGUACAUUUCAGCAUCUAGAAGUUUUACUUUUAUAAAGAUGGUGUCUGGAAGAUGUUGCUAAUGUAUUUUCCUUCAACACGGGGAACAAACUUUUUAAGUAUAUUGAUAAAUAUUCCUGUAUGGUUAGUUUUUAACAGUUUUUUUAAAAUAAACUUUAUGGAUAUGACAA